AUGGCAAAGGUAAUUUUCCUCAUGGCAGACUACGGGCACGACCCGUCAGAGACCGCCGUGCCCUUUACUGCAUUCAAGGAAGCAGGCCUUCAAAUCACCUUUGCCACGGAAAAUGGCAAGGUACCCCAAUGCGAUGCCAAGAUGCUCGAGGGCAUCACCCAGAUGAUCCUCGGCGCCAAAAAAGCUGUUGUUGCGCAGUACAAGACCAUGGCGGAGAGCACAGAAUGGAACUUGCCCGUGUCCUGGUCUACGCCCAGCUUCAGCGUCGACGAGUACGACCUUGUGUUCCUCCCGGGCGGGCACGAGAAAGGUGUGCGCCAGGUCAUCGACUCCCCCAUCGUUCACAGCCUGCUGGCGUCUUACUUCCCCCAAACCAAGAAACCCUCCAAAAAGGCCGUCGGGGCCGUUUGUCACGGCGUCAUGGUCCUUUCCGAGACGAAGCUGCCAGAUGGCAAGAGUGUGCUCCAUGGCGUCAAGACGACGGCGCUGCCGACGCGGUUCGAGCAGCUCGCGUUUUGGGGCACGCGGCUGUUCCUGGGCGACUACUACAAGACGUAUGGUGCGUGCAGCGAGAAUGUGGAGGAGAGCGUGACAAGAGUCCUGGAGAAGCCAGAGGACUUUAGGAAUAGCUUGGCGCCGGCGCCGUUUGUGGUCGAGGACGAUGGGUAUAAUUAUGUGAGCGCGAGAUUUCCCGGCGAUGUGGACUUGCUGGGGGAGAAGCUGGUGGCGCUGGUCAGAAACAUUAUGGCGUAA